AUGACUACCGAAAUUUCAAAAUUUGCAAUUACACAAAAUCAUUUAUUAACCGAUGCCUUACCAAAACGUCCAGCGACACCGACCACACCUACCGAUUUUACUUUAUUAUAUAACCCAAAUUGGGGAUAUCUUCAUUGUAGCACGAAAGCAUAUUUUCAGUCAACGAAUCCAACGGACUUUCAACAAGGUUGUUACGGUAUAGAAGAUACCGUUUUGAAAGGUUCAUUUCAUUUACGUUAUUCCACAAAUUCCCCGUUAUGGGCUAGUAAGAUUGAGAUGAUCCUGGAGGGGAAACAAUUUGUUACCUGGAAAGGUGUUCGUGGCGAAGUCGUUCGAGGAGAAAAAAUGUUGUGUAAACAAACGAAAAUAAUAUGGGAAUCUAUAAAUAAUGAAUUUGAAGAGAUUAUCACAUUGGAUUUACCUUUUGAGUUUCCAUUACCGAACAAUUUACCAGCAACCAUAACUCCCCUUAACGUUAUAGAAUAUGGGGGAAACAUUGCUGGAGGUGUCGCGGGUGAUGGAUCGGAGGUCGGUCAUAUUACGUAUAUUCUACGAGCAGAAAUAACCCGUCCCAUUAAUAUCUUUAAAUUACGAAUGAACUCAAAGAAAAUCAUCGACAUUUGGUGUAGAAUUCAUAGGUGGCAAUCCCCACCUUUGAACGAUCGACCGUUCAAGUGGAACGGGAAUUUCAUGGGUAUCGGUUAUGAGGUGGAAUUGGAGAAGACCUUGUUUAAUUAUAAGGAUAUCAUAAACAUUCCGAUGAAAUUCUUUGUCAAUGAUUUAACGAACGUUAAAAUCAAAAAAAUUUAUGUCAGGAUAAAAGAAUAUCAUAAAUUAAAGUUCAAUGGUAAAUCAAAUACGAUUGGAGGUUUCGUCGUAGCCGAUUCGUCGUUCGGAGAACAAAUGAGAAAGUCAAACUCGGGAAAGGACCAUUAUUAUUUUAUCAAGAUGCAAUUAAAUUUAACAAAGGCGAAUUUAGGUAGAAAAUUAAAUUGUUCAAUGAACACUGAAUACAUUGACAUUCGACAUAAAUUAAAAAUCAAAAUCACUCUAAGCUCCUCAUCGAAAAACAUUGAACUGGAUAAGGAAAUUUCCAUAUUAAAUGUUUUCGCAAAAAGGGAUCAUCCUUGUUUCACUCAACAAUGUCGAUUGGUGAACACUUGGUUUUAUCAUCUUCACGAAGAAAAUUUAUCAAAAGCUACGAUGAGUGAGGUGAGGGAUACAUCAAAUCUUGAUAAGGCGAGACAAAGGUUUUCUUGGUUUGGAGGAAUGAAAAAUGAUCGAUUUUCAUUCUUUAGUAAUAGUAAUAGACAGAGCCACGCGUUUUAA